AUGGGAUGUCCCAUUACCAAUGUUGAGUGUGGACAUACAUUCUGUUCAAACUGCAUCGAGUCUCUUUCCUUCUGUCCAGUAGAUAAUAUGGUGAUCAAGACUCUAGAUAUCAACUUCCAACUCAAAGGUGAACUUGAUGAACUGUUAUGUUACUGUAGAUACGCUGUAUAUUACGAUGACUAUGGUCAUCUGAGUCUUAGACAAGACGGUGGAUGUAAUAUGUUGGUGAACUAUGGAAACAAACAAGCUCAUGAAGCAAUGUGCAAAUAUAACCCGGCCACAUACACUCGUGCUCCACCUGCCGAGUUUGAUGACAAUGACUGCCAUAUAAUGAGUGACCUGGACGAUGAUCAGUACGACGCCGACAGUGAUGAUGUGGAGAAGGAGGUUGACAUGGAUGAGGAGAACGAAUCAAUGUCCUUCCAAUCGAUACCCUCCCCAUUAUCAACACAAAGCUUCCACUCUACUUCAUCCUCCGACAUCAAUGUCCAUCCCCUGUCUUUGGACCUUGACAAUGCCAAGUUUGUGGUUGGACAACAAUCAUUACCAUCGAGUCCUGUACCAAAGUCUACCUCAGAGUCUAUGAAUUCUUCAUCCUCAUCCUCGUCGUCAUCAGAAGAGUCUUCAUAUGAGUCAUUCCCAGAGGUACCUGUCCCAAAGGAGACGCCACAUGAAGAGGAGAUGACAGUGACACGUAGACAAACAUUGGAGAAGUGUGCCUGUCCCAACAAAGACAGUGGUUGUUACUACUUUGGAAACCAUACAUCAUUGCAACAUCAUUUGGACAAUGAAUGUGAGGCUCAGAAGUUAAAGAACAGGAUCAGACUGCUGGAGGACACCCUCGAAAAGAAGAACAAUGAGAUCACUGAGCUCAAGUUCAACCAACUGUUGGAGACCUCCAUCCAUCCGCAGCCACACAGUGGAACUAUUAUACCCUACUCAAUCAGCAACUAUGUCUUUGAUGUAUUCCGAGUGAUCAAAGAACAAGUUGUUGUUGGUAUUAACAAAGUACGAACAUGGUUCACGAGCAAGAUAUCCAGUCUAUUCUAA